AAUGUUAACCACAGAAGGUAUUUAUGCAAGUAUAAAUUAUUAUAAAUAUACAAUUUUAUGAAACUACUUGGAGUAGUUCCAUUUCAUCCUUAUUCUAACCUAUAAAAAUGUUAUUGUGACUGUCGCCCGAAGUUCCUUUUAAAUAGUCACAAACAUGCCACCAAAAAAAGGAGCAGCCAAACCCGCAAAAGGCGGUGGAAAGAGCGACGACUCAGGGGAUAAAGGUGGUAAAGAAAAAAAAGGUGGGACUGCGGUAAAAGUGCGCCACAUCCUGUGCGAGAAGCAAGGCAAAUGUUUAGAAGCUUUAGAGAAACUGAAAGCGGGGCAAAAGUUUCCAGAAGUGGCCGCCGCUUACAGUGAGGAUAAAGCUCGAUCAGGAGGUGAUUUGGGUUGGAUGACUCGGGGUUCAAUGGUGGGGCCUUUUCAGGACGCCGCUUUUGCUUUACCCGUUUCGUCAGUCAACAACCCCGUGUACACGGACCCCCCGGUUAAAACUAAGUUUGGUUAUCACAUUAUAAUGGUUGAAGGGAAAAAAUAAAUUUUAUAAUUUCUUAAAA